AUGUCUGCCGUAAGGCAUCGGCCCCUGGCACCGCCGGGCAAUGCCGGCGACAGCGAUGACAACUUUACCGACGACGAGAGCACACCAUUAACCCAAGAUAUUUAUGGCGGAAGCCAACGCACAAUACAAGAAACCAAAGGCUGGGAUGUCUUCCGUGAUCCACCGAUCAAGAUCGAGACGGGCUCGACGGCCAAUCAGGAAUGCCUGGAGCUCACAGUGAAGAUAUUGAAGAUCUUCGCGUAUGCUUUCACAUUCAUCAUAGUGUUAACGGGUGGGGUUAUGGCGAAGGGUUGUGUACUAUUUAUGACAUCACAAAUACGUAAAGAUAAGAAAAUAGAAUACUGCAAUAAAGAUUUGGGUCGCGACAAAACAUUCGUCGUUAAAUUGCCCGAAGAGGAGCGCAUCGCAUGGAUUUGGGCGCUACUGAUUGCCUAUGCAAUACCCGAGAUCGGUGCCUUCAUACGUUCGGCGCGUAUUUGUUUCUUCAAAACAUUUCGUGUGCCCAAGACCGGACACUUUCUCUUCGUCACGCUGAUGGAGAGUCUGAGUUGUUUUGGUACCGCUUUGCUAAUGUUCGUCGUGCUGCCACAAAUCGAUGCCAUACAGGGUGCCAUGUUGACGAAUUGCUUGUGCGUUAUACCUGGUAUACUGGGGCUUUUGUCACGCUGUUCCAAGGAGGGUAAACGUGCCGUGAAAGUACUCAUUGAUAUGGCUGCGAUUGCGGCACAAGUAACUGGUUUCGUUAUAUGGCCAUUACUAGAGAAUCGUCCGGAAUUGUGGGUCAUACCGAUUGCCUGCGUGAUGAUCUCUUGCGGUUGGUGGGAGAACUUUGUGUCACUGCAGUCGCCCAUCGGCUUGGUGCGUGCAAUGGGACGCGUGAAGGAUGAGAUGCGCACUACACGUUACUUCAAUCACAUGUUCCUUUCAUUAUGGAAAGUUGUAUUGUUCGUCUGUUUCGCUUUACUCAUCUUUUGGGCGCAGGGUGACGAGCCUGGCAAUAUUUUCAGUAUGUAUGGUGACGCGUUGGGGCCACAUAAGAUUUCAAUUGACGAAUUGGCUACCAGUUUGACGGGCAACUUGCCAGAUACAUUGGAUGCAGCCAAUAUAGAUAGCAUAGAGAUUGAUGCCGUACACAAUACUGUUAUUUAUGUGCUCCUCAUACAGAUUUUUGGCGCUUAUCUUUGUUACAUCUUUGGAAAAUUCGCUUGUAAGAUUCUCAUACAAGGCUUCAGUUACGCCUUCCCGGUUAGUUUGACUAUACCCAUCACGGUUUCCCUGUUGAUCGCAGCCUGCGGUUUGCGCAUAGACGAUCCUUGUUUUUUCCACGACACCAUUCCGGACUAUCUGUUCUUCACAAGUCCACGCAACUUCCGUUUCAAUGAUUUUGUGACCCAACAAAUGGCUUGGGCGUGGAUAUUGUGGCUGCUUAGUCAGACAUGGAUCUCACUGCAUAUUUGGACACCAAAAUGUGAACGUUUGGCUACAACAGAAAAGUUAUUCGUACGUCCGAUGUAUUCGGCGCUGCUGAUUGAUCAGUCUAUGGCCAUGAACCGGCGAAGGGAUGACCAAGCCGACGUGAAGACGGAGGAUUUAUCGGAAAUCGAGAAGGAGAAGGGCGACGAAUACUACGAAACCAUUUCUGUGCACACUGACGGUUCAGCUAUACAAAAUAAGCCGAGCAUUAAAUCUUCAGAUCACAUUACCAGAAUAUAUGCCUGCGCCACCAUGUGGCAUGAAACGAAAGACGAGAUGAUGGAGUUCUUAAAAAGUAUUAUGCGCAUGGACGAGGACCAGUGUGCGCGACGUGUAGCCCAGAAGUAUCUACGCAUCGUUGAUCCGGACUACUAUGAAUUUGAAACACAUACUUUCUUCGAUGAUGCUUUUGAAAUUUCCGAUCACAGCGAUGACGAUAUUCAAGUGAAUCGUUUCGUCAAAUUGCUUGUAGCCACUAUGGAUGAUGCGGCUUCCGAAAUUCAUCAGACCACCAUACGCUUACGUCCACCCAAAAAGUAUCCAACCCCUUACGGUGGUCGUCUAGUGUGGACUCUACCCGGUAAGACCAAAUUCAUUACACAUCUGAAGGAUAAGGAUCGUAUACGUCAUCGUAAACGUUGGUCGCAAGUUAUGUACAUGUACUACUUGCUCGGUCAUCGUCUCAUUGAGCUACCCAUAUCUGCCGAUCGUAAAGAUGAGAUUGCGCAAAACACUUACCUGCUAACAUUGGAUGGCGAUAUUGACUUCAAACCGAACGCUGUAACCUUGCUGAUCGAUUUGAUGAAGAAGAAUCGCAACCUGGGCGCAGCAUGUGGACGCAUUCAUCCUGUCGGCUCGGGCCCUAUGGUAUGGUAUCAACUCUUCGAAUACGCUAUUGGUCAUUGGCUGCAAAAAGCCACCGAACACAUGAUCGGCUGUGUACUUUGUAGUCCCGGCUGCUUUUCACUUUUCCGUGGCAAAGCGCUUAUGGACGACAAUGUUAUGAAAAAGUAUACCACACGUUCGGAUCAAGCUCGUCACUACGUACAGUACGAUCAGGGUGAAGAUCGUUGGCUUUGUACUUUACUGCUACAGCGUGGUUAUCGCGUCGAAUAUUCAGCUGCCUCCGAUGCGUACACUCACUGUCCCGAAGGUUUCAAUGAGUUCUACAAUCAACGUCGUCGUUGGGUGCCUUCUACCAUCGCAAACAUUAUGGAUCUGCUGGGUGACGCCAAACGUACUAUAAAGAUUAACGACAACAUUUCGCUGCUUUACAUCUUCUACCAAAUGAUGUUGAUUGGCGGCACCAUUCUUGGACCUGGCACGAUUUUCCUUAUGUUGGUGGGUGCUUUCGUAGCCGCUUUCCGCAUAGACAAUUGGACCUCCUUCCACUACAAUAUCGUGCCGAUCUUGUUCUUCAUGUUAGUCUGCUUCACUUGUAAAUCGAAUAUCCAGCUAUUUGUGGCACAGGUGCUAUCCACGGCGUAUGCGCUCAUCAUGAUGGCGGUAAUCGUGGGUACGGCUUUGCAAUUGGGUGAGGACGGUAUCGGCUCACCAUCCGCUAUAUUCUUGAUUGCUAUGACGGGGUCAUUUUGGAUAGCGGCGUGUUUGCAUCCGCAAGAAUUUUGGUGCAUCACGGCAGGUCUCAUCUAUUUACUUUCCAUACCAUCUAUGUACCUUUUGCUUAUUCUGUAUUCGAUCAUCAAUCUGAAUGUCGUCUCUUGGGGCACGCGUGAAGUGGUCGCUAAAAAGACAAAGAAGGAAAUGGAAGCGGAAAAGAAAGCAGCCGAAGAGGCUGCCAAGCGCGUGAAGCAAAAGAGCAUGCUGAGUUUCUUGCAAAGUGGCAUUGGCGAUAAUGGAGACGAGGAGGGUUCAAUUGAGUUCUCAUUGGCAGGCUUAUUCCGUUGUAUACUAUGUACGCAUGGCAAAACGUCGGAAGAAAAAGCACAACUCACAGCGAUUGCUGAGUCAUUGAACACCAUCAAAACGAGAUUGGAAGCUUUGGAACACACUUUAGAUCCACAUGGUCAUUCACGGCAUGGACGCAGACGCACAACAUCUAGCGGUUCAAAAGAUCAUCAUUUGUUGUCUUCGGUUGCUGAGAAAUCUGGCGAUGAGUCGGAGGAAUCAGAUUCAGACACCUCGGCAGAACCACGUCAAGAACGUGAUUUCCUUACAAAUCCAUUCUGGAUUGAGGACCAAGAUUUGCGUAAGGGCGAGGUUGACUUCUUGUCAAGCACGGAAAUUCAGUUCUGGAAAGAUCUGAUCGACAAAUAUCUCUUCCCAAUCGAUAACGAUCCGGUGGAACAGGCUAGAAUUGCUAAAGAUCUUAAAGAGUUGCGCGACUCCUCCGUGUUCGCCUUUUUCAUGUGUAAUGCGCUAUUCGUUUUAAUCGUGUUCUUGUUGCAAUUGAACAAGGACAACAUACACGUGAAAUGGCCUUUUGGUGUACGCACAAACAUAACCUACGACGAAUCCACACAAGAGGUACACAUUUCUAAGGAAUAUCUACAAUUAGAACCGAUCGGUUUGGUGUUUGUGUUCUUCUUUGCGCUCAUUCUGAUCAUACAGUUUACCGCUAUGUUGUUCCAUCGUUUCGGCACCAUUUCGCAUAUACUCGCCUCCACCGAGUUGAAUUUCUGCAAGAAGAAGUCGGAAGACACUUCACAGGAUGCGCUAAUAGACAAGCACGCUGUGGAAAUCGUCAAGAAUUUGCAACGUCUUCAAGGCAUAGACGGCGAUUAUGACAAUGACUCUGGCAGUGGACCCGAUCGAAUUGCUCGUCGUCGUACGAUACAAAAUCUGGAGAAAGCACGUCAACCGCGUCGCCAGAUCGGCACCUUGGACGUUGCUUUCAAGAAGCGUUUCCUCAAACUAACAGCGGAUGAAAAUAAUCCAGCAACUCCGAUACUCACGCGCCGCUUGACAAUGCGCGCCGAAACGAUACGCGCGCUGGAAGUGCGUAAGAACUCGGUAAUGGCGGAACGACGUAAGUCAGCUAUGCAAACACUGGGCGCAAAGAACGAGUAUGGCAUUACAACAACUGCUGCCCUGAACAACAACGGCGUAAUACCCAAUCAGCGCAGUGGACGUAUCUCAAAUGCGGGCAUUAGCAUCAAGGAUGUGUUCAACGCCAACGGCGGACCAGGCGAGCAAAUCUAUGGUUCGAACGGUGGCGGCACCAUUAAUCAAGGCUACGAGCAUGUACUCGAAGAUGACGACCGCAACUCGCUGCGACUGACUGCGCGUAAUCCCAAUCAACAAGUGUCAUGGGGACAGAAUAGCAGCAAUACGGGACGUUUGUAGAAGGCGUCACUCAAAGCCACUUGCCAGCUUCAUAUCGAUUUUAUUGUUGUUGAUUAUUUGGAAAAAAAAACAAAACAAAAAGCGAAGGACUUGUUUAGUUAAUAGUAUUAGAAUUGUAAGCACGAUGUUGUCCUAGUAAAAAAAAAAACCCGCGAAGCGUUGAAAUUUCCAAGUCCUUUGUACAGGCCACUUAAAUGUAGGAAUAUAACAGUAGUUUUGUCUCGAAUUACUAUAUAUUAACAAUUACAAAAACCACUACAUAUACAACUAAGUAUUUGAUUAAGCUACAAACACUGUCACAAAGUGAAUCACAGUGCUUUCUCGUUAAACGCGACUGCUAAAACGCACUAGAUGGUUUUCAGUUUUUAGUAGAAGUAGAAGUAGACCUCGAAAAAUAUUUUUUGUGUUACAAAUGUGUUAUAAAAUUUAAGCUUUUUUAUUAAAAACGAAAUUACUUGUACUAUGAUGGUCACAGCAGGAUGGCUAAUAAUGCAUUGAAAAAAAUAAUUGACUCAACAUUUCAAUAACCAACAUUGGGAUUAAAAACUGAAAACUCAAUUUUAUCCAAAACUUUUGAAUUAUAAAUUUGAAUGCCUGGUCACAAGUAAUAAAAUAUCAAAAUAACAUUUUCAAGACACCUAAAAAAAUUAGGCAUGGUAAUCGAGAAAGCACUGUUGGUACUCGUAUUCAGCAGAUUAUUUUUAAAGUUCGUAACCACUACUGCCACAACUAUAAAUACAAUUAUUUUAUAUUUUUCUACUGCUUCCCAUUUUAAAAUAAUUUCAUAAGCUAA